CUAUCCUGUCAGUAGGCUAUUGUGGUGCAACAGUAGACUUUCGAUUUUAAUUCCAUUGUCCUUUUGAAAUGUCUAAACCUGUCUAAAAGUGACCAGGUCAACAAAAAGGUAAAAAUUUCAUAAGAUGUUUUGGGGAUGUGGUAGAAAGGAACUUUAGGUAGGUGGAAGCAACCUGGAUGUAGAUAAAAAUGAAAGGGAGGGGCAAGCAGUACUAUGUUCCUUAAUUUAAAAAUUGCUUAACACACAAUCAUAGAACCUGACUGAGGACAAGACCUAAGUGUGCUCUCUCAUUAAAAGGUUGUAAAAAUGGAAGCGGUCUCCACAUCAGUUGGCAAGUUUACUAUUGAUCUUUUCAACAAGCUAAAUGAGACCAACAAGGGAAAAAAUAUUUUCUUCUCCCCUUGGAGCAUAUCAGCUGCUCUGGCUCUGACAUACCUGGGAGCAAAAGGAACUACAGCAACUGAGAUGGCAGAGGUCCUUCAUUUCACCCUGGGAGCAGCAGCUGAGGCUUCUUCUGUGGCCAGACCUUCUCGGGGGAGACCAAAGAGAAGAAAAUUGGAUCCUGAGAACAAGAAAGCUGCAGAUAUCCAUUCUGGCUUCAAGAAGCUCCUGACUGCCAUCAACAAACCCAGGAGCACCUACUCCCUGAAAAGUGCCAAUCGCAUUUACGUGGAAAAAACCUUCCUAUUAUUGCCUACAUACAUACAGCUCAGUAAGAACUACUACAAAGCAGAGCCACAGAAGGUUAACUUUAGGACAGCACCAGAACAGUCAGGAAAGGAAAUCAACACUUGGGUUGGAAAACAAACUGAGGGCAAAAUCAAGAAUUUGCUGGGUCCACGAGAUGUGACAAAUUCCACCACGCUGAUCCUGAUAAAUGCCAUUUACUUCAAGGCAGAAUGGGAAGUGAAAUUCAAAGCAGAAGAUACAGAGCUGCAACCCUUCCGACUGAGCAAGAACAAGACUAAGCCUGUAAAGAUGAUGUACAUGAGAAAAAUAUUUCCAGUUCUCAUCAUGGAAACAAUGAAUUUCAAAAUGAUUGAGCUGCCAUAUGUGAAACGUGAACUCAGUAUGUUCAUCCUCCUUCCUGAUGACAUCAAAGACAACACUACGGGUCUUGAACAGCUGGAAAAAGAACUGGCAUAUGAGAAGCUGUCCGAAUGGGCUGAUUCCAAGAAGAUGACCGAGACUCUUGUGGAUCUGUACCUACCUAAAUUCAAAAUGGAAGAGAGAUAUGACCUCAGCGAUAAUCUGAUCAGGAUGGGAAUGCGCAGUGCCUUCGGCAGCAAUGCUGAUUUCAGCGGAAUGACUGAGAAGGAUAAAGUGAUGAUCUCCAAAGUUUUUCACAAGUCUUUUGUUGCAGUUGAUGAGAAGGGCACUGAGGCAGCUGCUGCUACUGCUGUCAGUAUAGAACUAACAAGUGCCUAUGUUAGCCAUGCUCUGAAAUUUAGGGUUGACCAUCCUUUCUGCUUCUUUAUCAGACACAACAAGUCCAAGAGCAUCCUUUUUUUUGGUAGAUUCUGCUCUCCUCUAGAAUGAAUUAUUGCUUGCUCUCAGACAGCCACCAAGGUUCACUGUUCAAUGGAAAAAUGUGAACUGCAGUGCUAAAAUCUCAGCCUUAAGCCAUGAAGCCACCUAUACUGAAAGUGCCUGUUCUUUUUCUUUCACCCAGCUCCCCUCAAAGAAGGCAGCAUCCAAAAACCAUACUGAGCCAUCACAGAACACCCCUCUACUGCUUCCUUCUCUUGUCCUAAUGAGACAGUCCUAAACAGAAAAGAAAGAGUAGAUUUUUGCUCCCUUUUAUCAAAUAUGCUCUUCUGGCUUUACUGUAUAAAAGUAAGGUGGAGUCAUAAAAACUCUCUGCACACAGGCCAUAAUCUCUCCCUAUGUCAAAUGCUGACUUCAAGGGAAAUGCAGUUCAUUCUCUUGACUGUCACAGAGAGUGAAGAAAAAACAAAGAAACGAAAAAAAACAAACUUGUAGAAAUCUGUAUGCUCUCCUUUGCUUUCUUUUCCUCACUGGGAAACCUGCAUUUGUACUACAAUGCUAUUUCAUAACCUUAUUUUCAAAUUUCAGUGACUGUUGGAAAUUAACAAAAUUUAAUACAAAUACAGAAUAAUCUCAGAAUGCCCCCAACAUCCCUUGUCUCAUCACAUGUAUAUAGGCACAUCACAUUCAUUCUCUCCUGCUCUUUCAGCUUUCUGAAAAAGUGAGGCUGUGAGGGAAAGUUUUCCAUCUUUUAAUAUUAAAUUGCUAACUUCUAAUCAUAUUGCAUUUUUUCCUCGUUUCUUCUAAAUUUUGAAUUUUAAGGUUGCUGAGAUUUCCAACCAGCAAAAAUGCUAAGAAAACUAUUAGCAAUAUGCCUUCUUGCCACCUUUUAUUGAUAUGUAAUCUAAACCUGUUAGAAUUUAAAUUUGCUUCCUCUUUUUAAUUUUACUUAUUUAUACCUGUUUCCAGGUUAAUACCUGCAAAGCUUCCUUGCCACCUGUAAUAUUGACCAGUGUUUGAUUUGUACCUUCUGAGUGCAUCUCAGCAAAGAUAUUCGUGGUAUUGACAGAAACAUAAGUGAAAUUUUGACUGCUGCUUUACUUAUUAAUUUACCAUGAGCUGCAUUUAAUAAAGUAAAUAAA